CAUCACCUUCCCUUGGUAAAACCAACUUUCCUAGAAUUUCUUUUCUAGUAGGGAAAGGAAGACGAAAAUUCUAUUUAAUGCAGAAAGAUCCAUUCGCAUCAUGAUUGUUUUCUCUUUGGACUGAGAAUUCAGAGCUCUCUUGCCUUCUUAUAUUUCAAAGCCACCCCUCUCUCUCUCUCUCUCUCUCCCUCUCUCUGCCUACCAAACCCGUUAAAAAAUUGCAAAGUUUUUUGCCAAGAAUAUUUGCUAUUUUGCCCCCAUAGUUAGCUCCGUAGAACGUAGUGAUCUUAUUUGUUUUUAGCUGUGAUUGUGAUUUGUGAUUACUUUAUUUGUUUAAAUCCUACGUGAUCUGGGUUAUUUCACCUUUUGACAUAGAGAAAGAGUCGUAAAAGACUUGCUUUUUAUUUAUUUCUUGUGAGAUUCUCUUCCUUUUUGAUCUACAUCUUCACGGGUUGGUUGUUUUCAGAUUGUUUUGUUUGAUUUUGUGACAUACCCUUUAGAAUUUUUUGGAUUUUUAACUUUGAAAAAUCUUUAUUUUCUGCAUCAUGAUUUGCACCGUUAAGCAAUCUGCUAUAGCACCCACAAUCAAUGGAUCUGACAAGAUUUUUCUAAGAAAAAGCCCAUUAACGAUACCGAGAUCUUUGUGUCUGCCGUCUCUUCCAACCCGGAAGAACCCAAGACCUGUUCUCUGUGUGUCAAAACCUCUACAUGUUUCCUCAAUUGAGUCCUUUGCAGUAUCAAAACCCCAAAAGGAAUCCUUGAUCACAUGCAAGGCCUACGAGGCAGACCGAUCGCAGCCAAUAGAGGCUGAACGGGCGAAAUCGGAGGUUGCGAGGAAGGUCAAGAUUGGGAUUUACUUUGCCACAUGGUGGGCUUUGAACGUGGUGUUCAAUAUAUACAACAAGAAGGUGUUGAAUGCGUUUCCAUAUCCAUGGCUGACCUCUACACUUUCUCUGGCUUGUGGAUCUCUCAUCAUGCUAGUUUCCUGGGCUACAAGGAUUGCCGAGGCACCUAAAACUGAUUUUGAGUUUUGGAAGACUCUGUUGCCUGUUGCUGUGGCACACACAAUUGGGCAUGUAGCUGCAACAGUAAGCAUGUCAAAGGUUGCUGUUUCAUUUACCCAUAUCAUUAAGAGCGGCGAGCCUGCUUUCAGUGUAUUGGUUUCAAGGCUUCUCUUGGGUGAGACCUUCCCUGCUGGGGUUUACAUGUCCCUUAUUCCAAUUAUUGGUGGUUGUGCACUUGCUGCUGUUACGGAGCUCAACUUCAACAUGAUUGGUUUUAUGGGAGCCAUGAUCUCCAACUUGGCAUUUGUUUUCCGGAACAUAUUUUCAAAGAGAGGCAUGAAAGGGAAAUCUGUUAGCGGAAUGAACUACUAUGCAUGUCUCUCUAUUUUGUCUCUGUUGAUUCUUACACCCUUUGCUAUUGCUGUGGAGGGACCGCAGAUGUGGGCAGCAGGAUGGCAAACAGCCGUCUCUCAGAUUGGACCGCAUUUUGUUUGGUGGGUGGCAGCCCAAAGUGUGUUCUAUCAUCUGUACAACCAGGUUUCAUACAUGUCGUUGGAUGAGAUCUCUCCUUUGACCUUUAGCAUUGGUAACACCAUGAAACGUAUCUCUGUAAUAGUCUCCUCCAUUAUCAUUUUCCACACGCCUGUCCAGCCAGUCAAUGCUCUUGGAGCUGCCAUCGCAAUCCUCGGAACCUUCUUGUAUUCCCAGGCAAAGCAGUGAUGACGCUUGGAGCAGGCAAUUAAGAUUUAUCAUGAUGUAAAAUUAUGAUGAGAAACAACUGUGUCAAGAAUGAAAGAAGGUUCGGCUUUAGGUUUUACAUUAUAGUUGCUGUUUUCCAAGAUGAGGGAUGGCUGGUUUUUGCUUGGAUGAGCCAGCAGGCAGGCAGGCAGGCAUCUUGCUGUAGAUAAUAAUAAUAAUAAUAAAAAUAACUGUGAUUAGGAGCGACAAUUGCUCUUAUAAAUGUGUUUAUUACUGCGGUUUUUCUUAUUUUAGUGAGGCUGAGGGGAAAACUUUGCAAUAAAACUUGGUGAAUGAUAUCCAAAUCUUUUGUGUUCUAGGCCAAACAUGAGUACCACUAUUUAUUUUCUUGCA